AUGCCUACUACAGUUAUGGAUGAUCUACCCCCAUACCACGACGAUAUCCCGAACUACGCUGCUUCGCUCGAGUUCUACGGGCUUUCACUCCUCAAGAUCGAGUUUGACACCCCCUGGAAUUGUCAUCUGUCGCCGCUCAAACCUGUGGUUGCGGAGCUCAACUCCAACCAACUCCGUCUAUAUGAGUUCAAAGCGGACCGCGCGGUGAUAUCGGCCGUAGAAGCCUUGUACGCCCACCAGAACUACGAUGAUGGUUGUACUGGGAAACAAGUAGAGGUGACUACCGACGCGUAUUUGUUUGAUGGAGACGCUUAUGGUGACGAUGACCUCUCCGGCCAGCUUCCCACCGUGGUAUCUAAGCUUCGGAAGCAUUACUCCGACAAGAAGAUUAAGCGGACUUUGAAGAAGGGCCUUCCAGCUGGGGUUGCUAAUAAUGGCCUUCUAUUCGAGCCCACCUCCGACAGUGCCGUGUAUUCAGGGUUUGCGAAGAAGUACAGGGGAAAGCUCUUGCACUGCUACACGCUUCAGAACUUGGCCGUCGGAGAGGCGCCAUCCGUGAAUCUGCAAAACUAUAAGGAGGACCCACUGAAGAUAAUGGCUCACAGCGCUGCUUUGUUGAACUAUCGAAACGCUCUUCGCUUGCGUGUAGAGCAUGUACAACUUCUUCUCCAUUUCUGGUCAUUUCAGGGCAUGGUUCAGUGGUACCGCAAUCUAUCCAUUGGACGAGACUUGGCCUCGCUGUUGGACUCACGUGUGGUUGUACGGUUCAAGUCGAUUCCUCACAACUUCUCUGCUAGGAACAACGCGUUGUUGGAAGCAUCUGCUCGUGAGGCCUUGUGUCAUGAGCACAAUACAAUUAUGAAGCAAAGGGCUUCGGUCACAUCGCUAGACAGCUAUCUGAACUGCUCCAGUUUAAGUAGCUUGGGCUCCAUGGAAUCUUUGCUGACUGGAGUAUCUAGCGUCGAUUGUUCGCAAUUGAACCUGAGACUGACCACUGAUGUAUAUGGAGAGAAGAUUGUGUGCUACGAGAAUCUCUAUACACCUGCUGAGAAGCAGUACAUCUCCAACUGUAUUCCUACAUUGAAUUCAUACGAUAAAUGGGCCGGAAAUGUUGUUACGGUCUCCAACUAUCACCAAUUGCUUCCCAAAAAUGACUCUCAGAAUAUCAACCAAGAUGGGAAGGUGUUUAUUCUGCGUAACACAUUCAAUUCGUUAGUGAAAGGACACAUGAAGAACUUUCACAAGUCGCUGGCGGCCAUGACGAAUGAAUGCAAAGAUUUCUAUGUCGAUGACACUGGUUUGGUGAGCAUUGAGACAAGCCUGUAG